GCCGCCGCCGCCUCCCGGCUCCGCUCGCCCGCUCCGCUCCGCGCACCCAGGGACGGGGAGGCAGGAGCGCCGCAGCGACCCCCGGCUCCCGCGCGCCCUCCGCACCCCACCCCACCGUUCCCGCUGCGCUCGGCCCGGCUCGUCAGCAGCGGCGGCGGCGGCGGCGGAGGAGGAGGCGGCGGCGCCCGGCAUGUAUCAGAGCCCGCGGCGGCUCUGCUCGGCCCUGCUGCUCAGGGACGCCCCCGGCCUGCGCCGCACGCUCGCGCCCGGCCCGCGCCGCACGCUCGCCCCGCCGCCCGCGCUCCGGCCCCGGCCCGCGUCCCCGCGACUGCAGGCGGCGGCGGCCUCGGGCGCCGCGAGGUCGCGUCCCCGAACAGGGAGUUCCAUGGGCAACGGCACGAGCAGACUCUACAGUGCUCUCACCAAGACCCUCAACAGCAGCGCAGCCGCUCAGCACCCCGAGUAUUUGGUGUCAGCUGACCCAGAUCAUCUGGAACCCAUUGAUCCUAAGGAACUUCUGGAGGAAUGCAGGGCUGUUCUGCACACUCGGCCACCCCGCUACCAGAGGGAUUUCGUGGACCUGAGGACAGAUUGCCCCAGUAACCACCCUCCCAUUAGAGUUAUGCAGUGGAACAUCCUUGCCCAAGCUCUUGGAGAAGGCAAAGACAACUUUGUACAGUGCCCUGUCGAAGCACUCAAGUGGGAAGAAAGGAAAUGCCUUAUCCUGGAGGAAAUCUUGGCUUACCAACCGGAUAUCUUGUGCCUCCAAGAAGUGGACCACUAUUUUGACACCUUCCAACCGCUCCUCAGUAGACUGGGCUACCAAGGCACAUUCUUCCCCAAGCCCUGGUCACCCUGUCUCGAUGUUGAACACAACAAUGGACCAGAUGGCUGUGCGUUGUUUUUCCUCCAAAACCGUUUCAAGCUCAUCAACAGCACCAAUAUCAGGCUGACAGCCAUGACCCUGAAGACCAACCAGGUGGCCAUCGCACAGACGCUGGAGUGCAAGGAGUCCGGCAGGCAGUUCUGUGUUGCCGUCACCCACUUAAAAGCACGCACUGGCUGGGAGCGCUUCCGGUCAGCUCAGGGCUGCGACCUUCUCCAGAACCUGCAGAACAUCACCCAGGGAGCCAAGAUCCCCCUGAUUGUCUGUGGGGACUUCAACGCAGAGCCCACUGAAGAGGUCUACAAACACUUCGCUUCCUCCAGCCUCAAUCUUAACAGCGCCUACAAGCUGCUGAGUCCUGAUGGACAGUCGGAGCCUCCAUACACAACCUGGAAGAUCCGAACCUCAGGGGAGUGUCGCCACACCCUGGACUACAUCUGGUACUCCAGACAUGCUCUGAAUGUCACUUCUGCUCUGGAUCUACUCACUGAAGAACAGAUUGGGCCCAACCGGCUCCCAUCCUUUCAUUAUCCUUCAGACCACUUAUCACUAGUGUGUGAUUUCAGCUUCAGUGAGGGGCCUGAUGAACUUUUGUGAGCACUGUAUUAUUUUAAUCAUAAGAGUCUAAACCAGGGAUGUUUGGGAAACUGAAAUAUGACAAGAAGUUGCCUGAAAAAGGACACUAGUUUCUGCCACUGGACUCUCCAUCGUUUCCAGCAUGCCCUUGGAGAAGAAUUUGUUCACAAACCUUUCCAAUUCAAACCUGCAGCAAAAAGGUGUUUGCACUCCAGUUUGGGCUUGUAAUGUUAAUUUUCCAUAUCGUUCUCCACCAUUUAAGGGCAUUAAAUUAGACUGUUUGUGUAAGCUGAGGGUGUUACAAAACCCUUGUAAGCCCCUCAGAAUUAAAGUAAGAUGUAGGAAGUUUUCUAGACAGCAUUUCAAGUUAUUUAUUUGUGGGAUUUUUAAAUGUCAGCAAGAAAUGCAUGGCAAUAUUUAUUUUUUUAUAUCUUCAUGUAAAACUAAGUGGAUUAUAUAGCAUUGUAGAUAUUUUAGAACCUUGCAGGAAUAGACAUAAUUUCCUUAAAACUUGCAAUUGUUUUGAUUUGGUGAUCUACAGACUGUACACUAAGGAACUCUAUUUAGCCCUGAGGGAGUUGGGACUUUGUAAGAACACUCUUCACAGAUAAUCCCUGCUGUUUGCUUUGCCUUCAGCUUAUCAUUUGUUUCUUGAAGAAAUUCCAGUCGUUUUCAAUGAACUAAUGUUCACUAUUUAGUCAUUGUUAAGUAUUUGUACUUUUUUGUUGUGAUGACAUUGGUAUACAUGUGACAAUUACUCCAUCACUUCUGGAAUGUGCUUUUUACAAGUAGCUUUAGGAAUAGUCCUGGGACAGUGGCUAAGAAUAGUAAGAAUUCCUUUUGAGAUGAGGACUCCAGAAAUCCUAUUGAGUGGUCAGGUGUGAUCAAAAUCUGUGCAUUGGAGGACAGCUUGGGCUAUAUAUCAAGACCCUUUCUCAAAGAAAAAAAAAAAAUCCCAAAGACAGUCAGAUGACUGGGUUCAAAAUUUCUCAAAGAAUGUAAGAGUAGAAACGAUAACCUGGAGUUCUCUUCCAAACAAAAUAACCUACUGGUGGUAAGUGGUAAAUGUUUUAACACAUGAGUUCUAAAUAUUAUUUAAGAUUAAUAAAUGGACUUAUAAAAGUGUUU